UUGACUGUCCUGCCAGUGUGCACACGCAUCUACUACCGAAGCCACGUUGCAUGCAUGUACUGCACGUUAUUCACGGGAAAUCGACAACGUUCAAUGAUCUGAUUGACAGGUGCUCAUUUCUACAACAGAGGCUCUGAAUCUUUCUCGGCGCUCUGUUAACGUGACAUCUGUGGUCCGAGAUUUAGAAAACGGGAGCGGUAGCCACUGCAAGGGGUCUUCGCUGAAUCUCGCUGCAGACGACGUUGGACGGAAAGCAUGGCGAAUUGUCUGUAAACAGUGUCGGACGAGAAGCGAUUGUUUACACUUAACGAGACUAGUGUCCUGUGCUGCCAAAUAUGUCGUCGAAGAAGGUUAUUACGGUCGGAUCACGCAAGAGCCAGCUCGCUCUUAUCCAGACAAACUUAAUAAUCGACAAACUCAAGGAAAUUAAUCCAGAUUUGAAAUUUGAAAUUGUUUCAAUGACAACAGUAGGAGAUAGGAUCUUAGAUUCAGCAUUAUCAAAGAUUGGUGAGAAGUCCCUGUUCACAAAGGAACUAGAAGACUCCCUCAAGGACGGCACAGUCGACUUUGUGGUGCACUCUCUGAAGGAUCUCCAGACCGUGCUGCCAGAAGGGAUGGUCAUCGGAUGUGUAAACAAACGGGAUGACCCCCAUGAUGCAGUGGUAAUGCAUAAGAAACACGAUGGCAAGACUCUUGAAACUCUACCAGAGGGAAGUGUUGUAGGAACAAGUUCUCUCAGAAGGAUUGCCCAGAUUAGGAGGAAGUUCCCUCAUCUAUCCAUAAAAGAUAUUAGAGGGAAUCUGAACACCCGCUUGCACAAACUGGACGACAACAACAUGUAUGAUGCAAUUGUCCUGGCAGUCGCUGGACUUGACAGGAUGAACUGGAGUCAUCGCAUAUCGCAGAAGCUGAUGCCUGAUGUGUGUAUGUACGCUGUGAGCCAGGGUGCUAUUGCUGUGGAGUGUCGGGCUGAGGACACCCACAUGCUGGAGAUUCUGCAGACUCUCCACCACAGGGACACAGCAAUCCGCUGUGUGGCCGAGAGGGCGUACCUCCGCAGACUGGAGGGCGGCUGCACUGUACCUGUGUCAACCUUCACCGAACUCACGGACGAGAAGCUGGUGAUCCGUGGGGGCGUGUACAGUGUUGAUGGAAAGGAGGUGGUGGAAGACAGGUCUGAAGUCCUUCUCCCCAAGAAACAGGAUGAAGAAAGCAACGCCCAUGUCUACUGCUCCAUUGUGGGAGGGAGAAACGGACCCAUGCUCUUGGCGGCGGAGAAAGUUGGCAUCGAACUGGCGGACAAGUUGAUAAAGCAAGGUGCAGCAACUAUACUGACUGUCGCCAAGAGGAAGGCUAAAGAAGCAAUCGAGGAAGAACGAGUCAGGAAAAGUGCACGUACAGAAAACAAUAAAACAGCUGUUUCAUCAUAAGUUGUUUGAGGAAUACCAGAACGAGAAUAUCUAGUAAUAUGGGAAAGAGUAAGCUGAUUUUGGUGUGAGUGUUUUAGCGUGUACACUGGAGAGCUGUCUUUCGUGAUUCCGUAGAAUACAGACAAGAAAACAAACGUCCGACUGAUGAUGAGAGAUGUGAACAUUUAGGAUUGAAACAUUUCUGAUGUGAUUCUUGAAUAUAAUAAUAUAAUUGUUAUGAGUGUAAGUGGGUUAAUUGCAAUAGAUUUUAUGCACUUUAUAUGAGCCUCUCAAAGAAGAUAUAUUUGAGCAGUGUUCAGAAUGAAGCAUGACGAUGAAAUGAUCCUUGUUAUAAUCUCCAAAUACAGAGGUUAAAAUAAGGGGUCCUUCAAUUUAAAUUAUAUUGGAGCAAACCUCAACAAUUAGACUACUUUCCUUAAUUUUGAACACUGCAUUUGGAUAAUGAACUUUUCAAACUUCUGUUGUGAGAUGUUUUUUGGAAGAUAUUUUGUUUAAUUACUGGGUGGUCUUCUUGUGGAUGUUUGUCUCCUGUGUGACAGUUCUCGUGUUUUUUAGUAUCUGUAUAUUUGUUUGUUAUUCAAAAUAGUAAUGAAUUAUGAGCAAAUUGGUUUACUAACCUUAAGCUUGCACAAAUGGCCAAUGUCGGAGUUAGCCCGAGCAGAGACAACGUUUUAAAGUUGGCAGAAAAGGCUAUGUUGAAAGAAGAGUUACUGCCUCUAAUAUAAAUGUUAUGGCAUGUCAGUGAAGGUUUUGUUUGGUCUGUUUGUCAUCUUUGAUAUAAUAUCAUAUUCAAGUGGUACAAAUCAUUGUCUGAGUAAAACAUUAAGACUGUGUAAUGAGCAAGGGACUGAAAAUUCUUAAAUAUUUCUUGAAUUAUAUUGUCUUAAAUUAUAUUGAUUUUUAUGGGUAAAAGUCAGAAAAUGAGUUGCGCCAUGAUGUGCAUGCCUGCGUGUGUUUGUCGGUAUGUUAUGCUUGUCUCGGUGUUGUAGAUGCAUCUGUUGGAGUAUCAAUAAUCAAUAUUUCAAAUAAGUUUUAAAACUGAAAAAUGUGGUUAUUUAUAUGAAGAGUGUAUUAUAUCUUAUUUUAUCUGUUCCUGGAACACUGUAUGUGUGUCUGAAUCUGUGUGAAUGUGUCUCAAAGUGCUUGUGCCUGUUCAUGUUUCUUUGAGUCUGUUAAAGAACAUGAGUCAGUGCUAUGAUAAUCUGGAUCUCUGCAACCUGAUAUCUACUGUGUUGGUUCAAGGGUUAAAAUAUUAUCGCAGGUGAUAAUGGACAAUAAUCAGUGAAUUUAUUACACUCAUUCAACUGAAAAUUAGUUGACAAGGGGAGAUAACUCCUGGUGUGGUGUCCAUUGAUAUUGCUUAAGAUCCAUGAAUCACAUCAGACAUUCAUUUAUCUUUUUAUAUCUGUUUUAUGAAUUCAACUGGACCUUCAAGCAUUUACCAUUGAGUCAUCAUCAGCACCUAUGAUUCUACUAGUUAUACAAUCAAGUACUUGAAUCUGACCAAUUUGUGCCUUGGAUGUGAAUAGGGUGCAUUAGAAAAGGAAAAUGUGCCUUCAGAGGGCCUUAGACAGUGGGCUCUGUCUUGAAAAGGUUUUUGUCUCCCAAAGACCAUGAAAGUGGAUAUACUGCCUUGAAGCUGGUUCACGUCUUAUGUAAGUUACCUAUAAAUACACACAGCUGUUAAUGUCUUUCACAAAUGUUGCCGUAAACAGUAUAUAUAUGUAUAUUUCAAGUUAUAUCAUGUAAUCUUUUUGCUAUGCUGUUGAAAUAAUUAUUGUAAGUGAGGUGUCAUCCGCAUACUGAAAAUUUGUCAAUAUGAUGACAAGAAGGCAGGUGAAAGUUAAAUGACUCCAUCCUAAAAUUAGAGAUAAGAAUGUUUGUCACCCUUCUUAACAUGCAGACAUGGAUCGUUGAUGGCUUGUGGAGCACAGUGGUGUAGUGGUUAGCAUGCUGGCCUCUCACGCCAAAGGCCCAGGUUCGAAUCCCGGUGGAGACACCAAAAUUUGUGACCUGGGUCUCAUACUGUGUUGUGUCC